AGGCGGAUAUACAUAUUGUAUGCACUUAAAAGAGGUUUACUUAUCAACUCGACAGGACUAUCUUUAUCGCUUUAAAAAUUUCAUAAUAAAUUGGUAAGGUUUUGGAAAGAAUAAUUGAAUGAACUCAGUUUAUUUGAUUUGAUUUAUGUGACUGAAAACUUUGAUAAAAGAAGCGAGUUAGAGAUCAUGUCAAAGUUUGUGAGAAUGGUUGUUUUUAUUGUCGGAAUAUGCAUGCUCGCGCUAUUUAAACCAGCAUUUGGCCUAAGCCGACCAUCAACUAUUGUUUUAAAAAACAAUGGUUUUACAAACGUUGUUGUUGCAAUUCAUGAAAGCGUUCCGGAGGAUAAGACCCUCAUUGAUAAAUUAAAGGAUGAAAUGACAAAAGCAUCAAAAAUUCUUUAUGUUGCUACAAAACAACGAGCAUUUUUAAAAGAAAUAAAAAUCCUGCUUCCGUCAACAUGGUCAAACGACGGCUCUUACCAGACGCCCACGAGCGAAAACUUAGCGUUUGCUGACGUCAUUAUAACAGAUCCAAUCAGAGGCAAGAGGAGCAUACCACAAACUAGAUCAUAUGAUGGCUGCGGUAAACAAGGCGUCCAUGUUCUGUUGACUAAGGAAUUUCUCACUACACCAAGAGCGGACCCGUAUUUAAAUAACCCUGCAAAGUUCUUUGUCCAUGCUUUCGCACAAUUUAGAUGGGGAGUAUUUCAAGAAUACGCCGAAGAAGGGGAGAAUGUUUUUUACAUGUCGCCAUCAGUUGGCCAACCAGAAGCCAUAAGAUGCACGAUCAUGAUCCGAGGAUUGGUACAAAAAAAUGAUGCUCAACACACAAUAUGCUACUCACACCUUCUAGCAGACAGACAACACGUUGUUGCCUCAAUAGAUAAUAAAACAGGUUUAUAUCACGCUGAUUGUCUAUGGAGACCAUAUCCAAACCAUCAGCGAACAAAGGCAUCGAUAAUGGACCAUCAGUUUAUUCAAGAGCUUGUUACCUUCUGUGGAGACGACCCAAAAGACUAUGCCACCUUUCAUAACAGCGAGGCUCCCAGUAAACAUAACCGACUGUGUGGACACAAGAGUACUUGGGGGAUCAUCACUGAAACCGAUGAUUUUAGGGGCGGUAUUAACGCUCCAACGACUUUUUCAGAUGAUCAAAUUAAACCAACUUUCAUCGUUAUGAGAGCCACUUCACGGAAACGCCGCGCUGCCGUUUUAAUCAACCCAUCUUUAUUGAAAGAGGGGCCACUUUCAAACAAAAUUGAUCAGACACUCAAACAUUUAAAACACGAAGCUUCAAAGACAGAUUUAGAGUUGUCAGUUCUUAAAGAGGAAAUGACCAGUAUACAGGGAAUAUUUGAUGAAGGCAAUGGUCACAAUUUGUACAAGAGCAAUACGUUAAAUAAACAGGGCCGGUUUGAACAAAACUUUGAUAGUGUUAAUAAGAAUAAAACUCUAGACGAAAUAAAUGAUGGCGAUCUAGUUAUUGUAACAGACACCUUGACUGAGAACAUGAAGCAGAUUCUGACUGACAAAAGUAAAAGUGGUUUGAAGGUUUCGGUGGUUUCUGGCGAUCCGAACGAAAUGACCAACGACCACCAUGAACAUUUCAGCUUGCACCAUACUGGAGGAGCUAUAGGCCAUACACUUUUAGAUAGACUGAGAAAUGUAGUUUUGGUAGAUAACGUAAAAACUGUAUUGAUAGGUCAAGAGGAAACUGAAUUACGAGGUAAUGAACCAGUUUCAAGCUCAGUUGAGAUAGAUAAAACUCUUGGAAUGCAAACUUCGUUCAUCUUUCAUUUCGAAGAAGAGCUGCCUAACAUUCGUAUAACAUCGCCUAAUGGUACUAUCUACGGACCUGACUCGAACGUUUACUCUGUUGAUGAAGCUUCAAAAGCGAUUCAGUUUUAUUUCCCGCACAUACAGGUUGGAACAUGGACGUACACCUUGUCACAAUCAAUGAUGACGUCACAAAAAGUACGUGUUACAGUUAUAUCUGAAAACAUCGCUGAACACGAAGACCCACUAGUCUUGCGACAGUCUGUAAAAUUUGCAGACGACACAAAUACAUCUGUGAUUCUUCAUGUUGAUGCAACACAAGGGGCGAGUCCUCUGAUAGGUUUUAAUGUCACAGCAAAGGUAGAGACGCCAGAUGGAACAGUUGAUUACUUGACACUUCUAGACAAUGGAGCAGGAGCUGAUAUAGCAAAGAACGAUGGCAUUUACUCGCGUAUUUACAUAGCGCCAAAACUAAGUGGUCCGUAUCACGUGACAUUCAUAGUGUCGUCUGGUGGUUCCGGGUCUGUUUUCAGGAAAGAAGAAACAGCGUCAGUCGUAAAUGAUGAGCUUAAUCCAGUCAGAAAAUCAGUAAGAAAGAUACCAUUAGACGGAACUAUUCAAAGGCAAAUUUCGGGUGGAACAAUAUUCUUGCGUUCCUCAAAAGAUGAUGACCUAAUCUUUGACGUCAUAGCACCAUCAAGAAUUAUUGAUCUUAGAGCGGUGACGUAUGUUCCAUACAGAAAAACAAUGGUGUUAGAAUGGACAGCUCCCGGCGACGACCAUGAUCAUGGAAAACGUAAAUAAAAAGAUGUGAUUUAAUGUUAAUAAAAUCAAGAUACAAA